GACCUGACCUAACCUUACCUACAGAAUAAAGCAAAUUGAAAUCAGCAUGACCUAGCCUCUGUCGUCAAAACGAAUUCACUUAUGACACACCAACCUACAAACCUACAAACCUACAACCUACCCUACCAGCCUACAAACCUGCAAACCUACAACCUACGAUAUCUGGCAUCUUCCUGGGACGCCAGGCUUACUUAUACCUGAAACCCUACCAGACCUGGACCACCUACAUUUCAUUUUCAUGAUUUCUCCUCUCUGACAGUGCUGGUAAAUCAUUCUGUUUCAGGCAUCAUGUUGUCACUUCUGGGAAGGACUGUUACUUAUGCAGUUCCUCGUAACUUUGGGACUGCUCUGAGACAGGCACACCACACUCCCCUCUAUGACUUUCAUGUGGCAAAUGGAGGCAAGAUGGUGGACUUUGCUGGCUACUCACUGCCUGUGAUGUAUGGCAAAGAGGGAAUUAUUCAGAGCCAUAUGCACACUCGCACCAAGAGCAGCAUGUUUGAUGUGUCUCACAUGCUUCAGGUACACAUCCACGGCGCGGACGCCGCACCGAUGCUGGAGUCGCUGGUGGUGGCCGACGUGGCCGGCCUGCAGCCGGGCACCGGCACGCUCAGCCUGUUUACCACGGAGGCGGGCGGUAUCGCGGACGAUCUGAUCGUGUCGCGCACCGCCGAGGGGCCGCUCUACGUGGUCUCCAACGCCGGCUGCCGCGACAAGGACCUGACGCUGAUGGAGAGCCGCGCCGCCGAGUGGCGCGUCAAGGGCCGGGACGUGUCGGUGGAGGUGCUGGAGCGCGGUCUGCUGGCCGUCCAGGGGCCGGCCACGGCGCGCCUGCUGCAGCCGCUGACGCCACUCGACCUCAGUGGGCUGACGUUCAUGCGGACAGCCGCGGCGGAGGUGUGCGGGCUGGCCUGCCGCGUCACGCGCUGCGGCUACACGGGUGAGGACGGCGUGGAGAUCUCCGUGGCCGCCGCGGAGGCCACUCAGCUGGCCGAGCGGCUGAUGGAGGCCGGCGGGGACGAGCUGCACCUGGCCGGGCUCGGCGCGCGCGACUCGCUCCGACUCGAGGCCGGCCUGUGUCUCUACGGUAACGACAUCGACGAGACCACCACGCCCAUCGAGGCGGCGCUGGCGUGGACCAUCGCCAAGCGGCGGCGCGCCGCGCGCGACUUCCCCGGCGCCGUGACGAUCCUGGCGCAGCUGCGCGACAAGCCGGCGCGCCGCCGCGUGGGUCUGGUGUCGGAGGGUGCUCCGGCCCGCGCCGGGGUGCGGAUCGUGACACCGGACGGCGAGCCGGUGGGCUCCGUCACCAGCGGCUGCCCGUCGCCGGCGCUCAAACAUAACGUGGCCAUGGGAUACGUGUCGGCGGCGCACGCCAAGCUGGGCACGGAGCUGCGCCUCGAGGUACGCAAACAACGCGUGCCGGCCAAGGUGGCUAAGAUGCCGUUUGUGCCGGCCCGCUACUACAUGGGCGCUGCCUAGAUGGAGCGAUGGUCUUCGUGGCUAGAGGGGCUGUGCAACUAUAGGGAUUGUCUGCAUGGGACUUAUCUUCAUAUCAGGGAUCUAGUGCAACUAAUAUGGGCUCUAGCUCUAGUUAUAAAUGCAGAAAUAUUCGCUAGAGGGUUAGCUUAACUAGACUUCGAAGCCGAUUUCUCAGGGUGUAGUCAAAGGGAAUGCCCAUCAAUGCAUUGAGACUGCUGCUGAGCUUCUCCGCUAAGUGGAAAUGAAUGGGUGCGCCCUCAGAAGCAUUAUGCAAACGCAAUUUUGUCCGUUCAAAAAAUGGAGGCCAGGCACGGUGUGGUUGCUGGGAACUGCUUGAGAUUCGGAGAGUUCACGUCAAUUUUGGCUAAAAUUCAGGCUCGUGAACUGCAGUGGACUAGCUUCUUGUGAUGCUUGCCCAGAUUUGGUCAUGAAUUUGAAACAUUGUGUUUUUACAUAACAUCUCAUGCAAUAUGCUGUGUUUUUGAAUUUAAUGUUAAAUAUGUUUAAGAUAUUGCUCAGGUGUUUGAGAUAUUAUUCACCCAAACUUGUGUGCUGUGAUCUCUCUAAUUACUCCUUUCACUUUUCGCGAAGCGAAGGUAAUUAUACGAUAAGUUUUGCAUCCGCGACGAAUCACCCCAAAAUUUGUGUGGGGUGUUGUAUUGCCGUUGUUCUGCCUUGUUGGUGUGACCCAUCGAAUGAUGUUAUACUCUUCUACGUACACGACGAGCUUAACUUGUGCAAUAUGUGUUCUAACUAGUCGAGAGGCUCUCUGAUGUUCGAUGGAAUCCUGGAUUUUGUACCGUGAAUUUAUUCCGAAUACAUUUUGGAGCAUUGUUCA